CCAGAGCAAAUCCUUCAGUUAAGAAUGAGAAGGUACAGAUAGUGGUGUGUGCUGUAACACAGUAGAACCCUUGAUUUGAGUUCUCCUGUGCUGAAGAUAUUUGAUAUUUUCUUCAAACAGCAUGUGAUUUCACAGGGAACGAGCAAAUACUGGGUUGUCUAUGAGAGGAAUAAGAUGGGGCUGCAGAAAGCAAGGUUCAUAGCCAACAUUGCAGAAAUACAGAAAGAUGUGGAAUAUCGACUGCCGUUCACUGUAAACAACUUGACAAUUAAUAUUAACAUUUUGCUUCCACCUCAGUUUCCUCAGGAAAAACCAGUCAUCAGUGUUUUCCCACCUGUGAGACAUCAUUUAAUGGACAAGCAGGGAGUAUACGUGACUGGUCCAUUAAUAAAUAAUUUUACAAUGCAUUCAGAUCUUGGAAAAAUUGUUCAGAGUUUACUGGAUGAGUUUUGGAAGAAUCCUCCAGUUCUAGCUCCUAGCUCAACAUCAUUUCCAUACCUUUUCAACAAACCAGCUGGAAUGCCUCCUUUUGCUCCUCAGGGGUUUCCUUUCCUCCCUCCAUAUCCACCUCAAGAAACAAACAGAACAAUGGCAACCAUGCCCGUUUCUGACUCAGUUUCUUCAAGCUACACUACAGACAAGCCUGCUGCUCCCUCCUAUGGCUUGAUUGCUGAUCUGCCACUGCCUGUCCCGACAGCAGAAGCAGUGCUUCAGGUUGGCCAGAAUGGAUUUACAUACAAGAUGCCUGAUGUUCCUGACACUUUUCCAGAACUCUCAGAACUAAGUAUAUCACAGCUGACCAGUAUGAAUGAGCAAGAGGAGGUGUUACUGGAACAGUUUGUGACUCUUCCACAACUGAAGCAAGUCAUUACUGAUAGAGAUGAGUUAGUGAAAAGCAUUGAAGAACUGGCAAAAAAAAACUUGUUGCUGGAACCUAGUCUUGAGGCAAAAAGACAGACGGUGUUGGAUAAAUAUGAGCAACUCACGCAAAUGAAAGCAGCCUUUGAAAAAAAGAUGCAAAGACAGCAUGAACUUAGUGAGAGUUGCAGUCCAAGUGCUCUACAGGCCAGACUUAAAGUAGCUGCUCAUGAAGCUGAAGAGGAGUCUGACACAAUUGCAGAAGACUUCUUGGAAGGCAAAACAGAGAUAGAUGACUUUCUCAGUAGUUUCAUGGAAAAGAGAACGCUCUGCCACUGCAGACGAGCCAAAGAGGAAAAACUUCAACAGGCAAUAGCAAUGCACAGCCAAUUUCAUGCUCCGCUAUAGACUUCUGCAAACUACACCUGCCAAGAGAACGAAUGAAAAACCCAAUAAAGCACACUUUUUAAUAACUAUUAUUUGCAAAUAAGCGUUUCAUCUUAUCUGGUUGUAUUUAUAGAAGAGAUUGUAUACAGAGUUGGGAUGGUUUUUGUACAAAUUAGAAUGUCUCUUUAUAUUCUCAUUGUACUCAAGAAUCCUUCUAUUGCGAUCUUUGCAUUAAUUUCUUGUAUUUAUUGUUGAUAGUUAUAAUAUUUAAGUUCCCUGCUGCUAUACUCCAUUAUUCAGAGAUUAAAUACCUAAACAUGUAAUUUUGACUAGCUUUUUACAUUUUUAUAAAAACAUAAUUCAUAUCUUUUGUAUUUUGAACUUUAACCAUAGAUUAGGCUUAAUCUGUGGAAGACUUUAAGUGUUGAUUGGACUUCGGAAACUAAAAAAAGUUCUUGAUGGAGAUUGCCAGUGGAUUCACAAGCUGUCUUUUCUUGAAGCCAAACUAUUAAA